UAUUUAAAAGAAUUAUAUUACAAAAGCAUAUUUGAGUUAUCACUUUCAACUUUAAUUGAUCAUACAAAUCCAUUUAAUAAUAAUGAUAACAUAUCAUAUUAUAUGCAUACACUUGCAUAUAAUAGUUAUGAUUAUAAUGAUCUAUUACAGGAUGCUUAUAAAUAUGCAAGUAUAGUAACUACUGAAAUUAGAAAUCAUUUUCUGGAUUGUCCUUUGUUUGCAAGAAUGAAAAUUUUAAAUCCUGUAGAAUGGUCUUACAAAAAAGAAGAAUUAUUAGAAUUUGACAAUGAUGAAUUGCAAGUUUUAUUAAACCAUUAUGGAUCAUUAAAAACUAUUAAUGAACAAAAUUUUUUAUCAUUAGUAGACUCAGAUUCUUGUAUU